UCAAAAUCCAUAAUAUCCACAAGCGUUGUGCGUGUAAUCAUGUACCGUCUACUCGUGUUGUGCGCCAUUUUGAAUUUGGCUGAGCCGACGUGGAUCAAACGACAUUGUCACAACAAGAUACAUCGUAACAAAAUAUGCCCUGAGACACCUAACCUAGAGACACUGUUACAAAUAAUUGAACGCGAGUUCAUAGAACACGGCGAAAAGUUCCAGAAUUUUUGCACAAACACAACGCCCCACCUCGCACGUGAAAUGUAUGGCACAGACAAUUACUAUCUCACCUAUAGUCUACCAGCUGAAGAUACGAAGGUAACUGUCCAAAUUAAACAUAAGUUCAUACACACUACAGUAGCGAAAAAGAAUGGUAACAAUGAAAAGAUAUUCGAGGACGUGGCGAUUCUACCAGAUAUGGUGAAACCGGAAGACGCUGUGUAUGUGAUACAGAAUAAAGAUUUACUAAAAAUCACUAUUCCUUACAAAGUACCUUUUGGCAAAGAGGUUGCUAGAGAUUGUGGAGUUAUAAAUAAAAACGUCAUAGAUGUACCGGCAGUUGUUUACCCCAAAUUUACAUAUAGGUUUCUCUCAAAUGAUGAUGAGGGUAAUGGUGAGCAAUAGACAAUAUAUUAAUGUAAAUUUAGUAUAAAUUAUAUGUAUAAAUUAAAAAUUUAAA